AUAAAAUGUCGCCCAAACCCCUCUUCCCCUCUUCCCCCACGUUGAUUCUCCCUCUCGUCCCUCGUUUUCAAAGCCCGGUCCGUUGCUCUUCCCUCGCCCUCCGAUCUGAUCCCGUCCACCUCGCCGCCCUCCCCAUCUGCUUUGUUCGCUGGCUGACGUACACCUCCAUGGUCAUCUCCUUCAAGCUCUCUCGCGUCGGGACUCGCUACCGCCCCCGUGUAAGAUCAGAGCCGGAGUCGCUCGCACUCGAAGACAGAACCUCCGGUCGCCCUAAAAGUGACGAGUCUCCGAAGCAUGAAAACCAGUCACCUUGCCUAACUGAUUGCAGCAACCAAUCUGGAGAGCAUGUGGCUUCCUUUUCCCUCAACUUGUAUCCUGAUGGAUUCUAUAUUAGAAAACCCACUGAGGGCAUGCUGUUGCCCCCUCUUCAAGAUGUCUCAGAGUUGUUGCACCCUUAUGACGGGAUAUCUGAGACCUUGUUUUCCGCAAUUGAGAAUGGCUGGCUACCUGGAAAUAUUUUGGAUGACAUACCUUGCAAGUACUAUAAAGGAUCUGUAUUUUGUGAGGUGUAGUAUUAGUAAACAAAAACAUCACAUUUGUCUUGCAUGUUUUUUUUUUGUCAUCCUUUUACUUUUAGAUUGCU